GUCUCCUCCGGCCGUGCAGCUCGGCCAUGUUGAAGUAGCGCCCGUGUCGCCAGCAGUCGGAGAGCGCAGCGACCGCAGCCCGCCAUUGUGCAGAUUCCCAGCUCAGUAGAGACACAGGACGCCUCCCCCACGUCCCACCGCACUGACUCAAACACGAACGUACACACGCAGGCUCAAGGGAGAAAGAAAUGCCAGCCAGCAGCCUCGUCGAGCAGGUACAGAGGGGCACUUUGUGAGCACCUACGAGGGCAGCAGCUCCAGCGAGGCGGCGCUAGUUAGCAGGGUAGGCCCGACCACCUGCUGUACGACUCACCGGGGGACGCGCGGUUUCUCUUAUUUUCCCCUCUCUCUUCCUCUCAUAACUCAAACCUUCAUGAAUCACCUGGACCCAAUCCAGAGACCGAAAGGCCAAGGAAACAAAGUGCAAAACGGAGCUGUUACCCAAAAGGAGAGUUUAAAUGACGAUGAGUUUGAACCUUAUCUAAGCGCUCAGCCCAGACAGAGCAAUGCCUACACAGCCAUGUCGGAUUCCUACCUGCCAAGCUACUACAGCCCCUCCAUCGGGUUCACCUACUCGCUGAACGAGGCCACGUGGUCGACAGGCGGGGACCCUCCCAUGCCUUACCUGGCCUCUUACGGACAGCUUAGCAACGGGGAGCACCACUUCCUCCCGGAUGCCAUGUUUGGCCAGUCGGGGGCACUGGGCAGCAACCCUUUCCUGGGACAGCACGGUUUCAACUUCUUCCCCAGUGGGAUCGACUUCUCGGCAUGGGGGAACAGCAGCUCUCAGGGCCAGUCCACGCAGAACUACGCCUACGCACCCAGCUCCCUAGGGGGAGCUGUGCUCGACGGACAGUCUCCCUUCGCGGCCAGCGAGCCGCUCAACAAGGCCGUGGGCAUGAACAGCUUGGACCAGGGUAUGGCAGGUCUCAAGAUCGGGGCAGGGGACAUGGCGCCGAAGGUCAUCGGCUCAGGGCUUCCCGGGGGGGCCCUGGGCCAGGUGUCGACGGCUCCCAGCAUCCCCGCCGCCUCCGUGGUACCGGCUAAAGCCACGUCCUGGGCGGACAUCGCCAGCAAGCCGGCCAAGCCUCAGCCCAAGCUCAAGACCAAGGGCGGUUUGGGCGGGACCAACCUGCCCCCGCCGCCCAUCAAACACAACAUGGAUAUCGGCACGUGGGAUAAUAAAGGGGCGAUGCCAAAGGCAGCCACGCCCCAACAGACCGCUCUGCCCAGCAACGGACAGCCGCCCAAUCAGGUGUCUCCCCAGCCUGGCGCUACCGCAGGAGGGGUUCCGCAGCUGCCCCUCAGCAACGGACAGCUGUUGCCCCAUGCUGGGCAGCUAGGGCAGCACCCCCAGCCUCCCAACGGGCAGCAGAACUUGGUCCCACCUCCACUUUCCCAAGGCCCUCCCCCUGCCCAGCCCUCUCAGCCAACCCGCUGGGUCCCCCCGCGUAACCGCACCAACGGCUUCGGGGACGCGAUGGGCAGUGCCGGACAGUCUCCUCCCGCCGUCGGACUAGCAGGGGUCCCCGUUCCAUCGGAGCCCCACCCUGUUCUGGAGAAGCUCCGUCUGGUCAACAACUACAAUCCGAAGGACUUCGACUGGAACCCCAAACAGGGGCGCGUCUUCAUUAUCAAGAGCUACUCAGAGGAUGACAUCCACCGCUCGAUCAAGUACAACAUAUGGUGCAGCACAGAGCACGGCAACAAGCGGCUAGACGCGGCGUACCGCUCGCUGGCCGCCAAGGGCCCACUCUACCUGCUGUUCAGCGUCAACGGCAGCGGCCACUUCUGCGGCGUGGCCGAGAUGCGCUCGCCCGUGGACUACAACACAUGCGCCGGCGUCUGGUCGCAGGACAAGUGGAAGGGGCGCUUCGAUGUGCGCUGGAUCUUCGUCAAGGACGUGCCCAACAGCCAGCUGCGCCACAUCCGCCUGGAGAACAACGAGAACAAGCCGGUGACCAACUCGCGCGACACGCAGGAGGUGCCCCUCGACAAGGCGCGGCAGGUGCUAAAGAUCAUCGCCGGCUACAAGCACACCACCUCCAUCUUUGACGACUUCUCGCACUACGAGAAGCGGCAGGAGGAGGAGGAGAGUGUGAAAAAGGUUGAGGUGCAGGGAACUGAUCCCUACUCAAGUAACCCCAGCCGGAGUCACUACCGACUGCAGGACCGCCAAGGACGUGUCAAGUAAGGGCCUCUGGUUUGGGCAAAAGACUGACAUGACCCUGCUCUCUCUGCAGUCACACACCCAGAUCUCUUCUCUGAUUAUACCGGGGAAAGAUUUAACCAAGGAUUCAACGCAAGAAAAAGGAAGAAAAAAAAAAACGAAAGAAGAAAAACUAAAUGAAGACUCUUGAUUUCUGUUGACUUUAAAAGACUUACUUUGAACUUGUAGUAAAAGAACGCGAUUACUCAUAGGACUAUGACUUAAUAAUUCUAUAGGAUUCUUAGGUGCCCAUUUACCUUUUUUCCCCUCCAUCCUGCCCUCUUUCAAUUCUUUUUCUUUUUUAAUCUUCUGUUUUUACAGUCCAAGAGCACAGCGCGACCUCGUCCUCACUACAAGCUAGAGGAGUAUUUUUGGGGGGGGGUGUUCUUUUUUCUCUUUUUUUUUUUUUUUUUUUUUUUUUAAAGUAUCGGAUUCCUGUCUGACCGGACGAUCUGUUUAAUUCCUUUGUAAAACCCAUCCCAUUUUUAUUGCUGUUGAAAUGAUCCAAUCAGGAUGCACGUGGGGUGGAGCCUUCUCGAUGGAUUUUGCAUUGUGGGUAAAUCAGCCUGUGCAAAGUAUAAUUGCUUUUCCAAAAAAAAAAGAAGAAAAAAACCAACCCAAAAACAUAAGUUGUUCUGUAUCCCUUCUUUGUAAGUGUGGAAAAAUCCAAGCAGAAUUUUUUUUCCCCUUGUCGCAGGAAGCAGAACUGUUGAGUUUGGCUUUGGUCAUUGUAUAAUUUCUGUGGUGUUCAGAACGAGGCUGCGUUUAUCAAGGGUGUAUUUGACCAUGUUUUUGUGUUUUUCACCGUUUCAAGUUAAAACCCACAUGUUGCUAUGGGCUGGUUUCUUCUGCUUCCUCCCUCCCCUCAUUCCUCAAGUCAGCAUUGAGGUGGGCUAUGGAACCUCUUUCUAUUACUCAGUUCAUCAAAAAUAAAUGUGGUAUACUCAG